AUGUCCAGCCAAGCUGCGUCGCAUGCCGCCAGCGUUGCUCCACUCGCUGGAGGACCUUCUUCGGCGAUUUCCCCGCGCUGUUUUGCGGCCUGUCGCGAGGUGCUCAUGCUGGAAAUUUUCAAGCGAAUGACGAGGAGCAUCAUCCACCAUGCAGUCCACAGCUUCAGACAAGUCCUCGCGGAGUGCACUGCGCGAGCGACCACCAAUGCUUUCUGUGUUGCUGCUGAAGAGCUCCACGGCCAAUUGAAGCAUGGAUCGUGUGAACCUCAUCCCGGAAACCACCUGCAGCAGUCCUUCUCCAUAGCUCGCGCAGAGCCGAGCUAUGCUGUCGAAGUGGAGAUGAUCUCCAUUGUCUUGCAAAGGAUCCGUGAUGUGAAAAUUGGUUGGUCUACAGAGGCAGAUGUGACAACAGCUCUUCAAGAACCAAAGCCCCUGGUGGUUGUGCGCGGUUUUUCCUUGAGAUCGUUCCUGGAUGAGUACGACUUGCUCUCUGGCGACCACAAGGGCAGUCUUGGUAAGAUGGAUCUGGACAAGAGAGGGCCUCAUCUGGAGUUUUUUGUGUGGGGGCAGAAGGCCUCAGCGGCUGUGGUCAUGACAGGCAGUGUGAAGUGCUGGCCGAUGGAUACCUCGGCGAAGCACGACGACGAGUCAAACCAGGAAGCUGUGGCAGCCAAUUCUGCAGAAGCUUCCAGUUGCGCCGAAGCUUCCAAGCUCCGUGGGUACGACCUGUUCGGCGAAGAGGUUGCAUCAUGUUUGGUGAUCAGGCACGGGCGCCUCACGGGCCCAGGAAGUGGCGAAGAAGCCGCGCAGGCGAUCAGCGCCCUGGCUCCGCGCCAGGUGAUGGUGGAGCUGUGCCAGCGUCGGUAUGGACAGGUCAUGACAUCCUUACAACUGGGUCUGCCUAUGCGGCCGCCAUCGAAGCUGGAUUUGCUGGGCAACGUCCAUGGAGGACUUCUUCAACAUGAACUGGCACCUAUUCUCCAGGCAGCUCGAAGUGUCGGUGCCGCUAUCCUGCCAAUCGACAGGCCGCAAUCCGCUACUCGAAGUCGAGUCGCUCACAGGCUUUGGCAUCCCAAGCUGCUGCAGGGCCUCCUGUCCUUUGCUGGCUACUCAUUAAGGAAGCAGCGGGACAGCCUGUCACCUGCGCUGCCUUACGAUGCAGAAGAGAUCCGGCGUGAGUUGGAGCGCUGCUGUCCCGUUGCGCAUGACGUGCUGAUUGAUGAGCGCAGCUUUUACUUGGCACAGCAGGUGGCGGUCUCGUCGGUGCCGGAUACUGAUGUCGCCGUGGUUUGCAGCGCACCGAUGAGCACGUACUUGGUAUCUGCACUUCGCCAAGUGCCUGACAUGCAGAAGUCCAAGGACCCUCAAGCUGGUGCGACGAGGCUUUUGAAGUUGGCGAAACGGGGAGUCCCAGUGUGGCCACUCUAUGCUUUUGCAUAUGGCGUGGUGCCUGCUGGCCUGACUGCCUUCGCCGCCGUUUGCUUCUGGGAUGCUUUCCUAUACCCGGCCUUGUUUCAGGAAAUGUCCAGCCAGCCACAGGCAUGA